AUGAGUGUGAGUGUCUUCUUCACCUUUGUCGCGCUCGCAGCCGCCGCGCCGACGGCACAGCGCUCUGUAAUCUUCUCGCGAGUGCCCCUGCGUGUGAGCAAGGCACGUAUUCCGCUCCUCUUGCCUCAGCCAGCCCGCACCGCCGCGCUCGACAGCAUCAUUCCCGCCGACCUCUCCGAGGCGGUGCCGCGCCUUCCGGACGGUGACCGGGCAGACUCCAUGACCUUCACCGAGCUCUGUGACGCCAUGGCAUCCGUCAACCGCGGAAAACAGCAGCAGCAGCCAGGGCUGUGGCGACGAGCUGCUGGUUUGGCGUGAUGGAGCAUACCUCGCAUGGAGUACGCAUGUCGCAUGCCAUGGAUGCAGUGGGUCGUGCCUGUUGCUAUACGUACGUGCUGAGUGAUUGCGGGUCCACCCGGACAGAUGUUGAAUUCAUGUUUGUCGACCCAGGCUGUGUUGCGGCGGUCGGUGUCUCGUCUAGCUAGAAGGUGUGAGUCGCAUGCGAUUGUUGCCGCUGGGCGUGAUCUGUCACAGCGAUGCGCGAAUACGUUCGUGAAAGCCGCGUCGAGAGUGGCCGCAAGCCGCAAGCCCGCGCCGUGCGGCAUCUACAGAGAUUCAUGUGUAGUAUUGUAGAGUAUAGCGCGCUAUGGCAUUCUAC